AUGGCCGUCACAAAGCAGCAGGUCCAGUCCAUCAUCGACGAGAACAAGGUCGUCGUCUUCUCAAAGUCCUACUGCCCCUACUGCCGCCAGACAAAGUCCACCCUCGACGAGCUCAACGCCGACUACAAGGUUGUCGAGCUGGACCUCCUCCCCGACGGAGGCGAGAUCCAGGACGUCCUCGAGCAGAUCUCGGGCCAGCGCACCGUCCCCAACAGCUACAUCGCCCAGAAGCACGUCGGCGGCAACUCCGACAUCCAGGGCCUCCUCAAGGGCAACAAGCUCGAGAACCUGCUCAAGGAGGCCAACGCUCUCAAGGCGUAA